AGUUUUUGUUAGUGACUGAGAGAUCUCAAGCAAUGGCAAGCAUAGUCCCUGUACCAUACGCCGUCGCCGCCGCGGUAGCGGUUUUGGCAGCGGCGCUUCUGUACAGUUUUGCAACGUUCGAUCCGGCGGUGUUUCCGGAGUACGAGCUGGCUCUGGCGGCGCCGAAGCGAAACAACAGGAUGCUGAGCGGUUCGGAGAGGAUCGGAGAGGGCGAGCUGGUGUCCCCGGAGGAUAUUGCGCAUGAACCCCAAACUGGCCUCAUCUACACCGGAGGCGAGGACGGGUGGAUCAGCAAGGUGGCUUUCAAGGACUCCGUUGCCGAGUCAGUGGUGGAGAAGUGGGUCAACACGGGCGGAAGGCCGCUCGGGAUCGCUCACGGCUUCCACGGUGAAGUAAUUGUCGCCGAUGCGUUCAAGGGGCUACUAAACAUAAGUAGAGAUGGUGUAAUACAAGUAUUAACUGAUGAGGCCGAAGGCCUCAAAUUCAAGUUUACCGAUGCAGUCGAUAUCGGCCCCGACGGAAAGCUCUACUUCACCGAUGCCUCCUACAAAUACAAUGUCGAUCAGGCCUUCUUAGAAUUGAUGGAAGGUAGACCUCACGGUAGAUUCUUGAGCUAUGAUCCAUCAACUAAAAAAACAACAAUUCUGUUGAAAGACCUCUACUUUGCUAAUGGUGUCACCCUCUCCGCUGAUCAAACUUUUGUCAUUGUCUGUGAAACUGUAAUGAUGAGGUGCAAGAAGUACUAUAUUAAAGGCCCCCGAGCAGGGUCGGUCGAAAUGUUUGUUGAUAAUCUGCCCGGAUUGCCCGACAACAUCCGACACGAUGGCGACGGCCUCUAUUGGAUUGCACUAGCCACGGAUUCGAGUUUUUCGAAGAUGCUACGGCAACGCCCGUGGAUUAGAAAGGCGAUAGCGAUGCUAGACAAGUACGGAUUGCGGCCUAAGACGGAGAGAAAUGGAGGGACUAUUGCGGUUAAUUUGGAGGGGAAAGCCGUUGCACAUUACUACGAUGCAGAUGUUUCAUAUGCUACAUGUUGCAACAAACUUAGCCACUAUCUGUAUUGUGGUUCUUUGAUCUCACCCUACAUUACUCGACUCGACUUGACUCUAUUUCCGGCCACCGCCACCGCCACCGCCACCACCACUCUGCCAUCGUGAGAUCUUAAGUGGUAUAUAUGUCAUAUAUGUAUGUUUACUUAAACUAUAAUGAAUAAUAAAGCAUGUAUGUUACCAUGGAUUUUAUUUUUAAGUUCAAACUUUUA